AUGCCCGGUCGUCCCAAGAACAGCAGCGACAACAACCGGGAUGCUCGUGGCGCCGCCGCUGAUGGAGACCAAACGGACAUUGCAGCUCAGCGUACGAUGGCCGAACCAGGACCAGACAAUCGACCAGCUCAUUCGGCCUUUGGCAGAUACCAGAAGUUGUUCAUUGUUGUGAUGGUUACGCUGGCUUCGUUCUUCUCGCCUCUGUCCGGUCAAAUCUACUACCCUGUUAUGCCAACGCUUGUCAAGAACUACCACCUCACCACGGCACUGGUCAACCUGACUAUCACCACCUACAUGAUCCUCCAAGGACUUGCGCCUAGUUUCAUGGGGACUUUUGCAGACAAUGGAGGUCGUCGUCCGGCAUACAUUAUUGCUUUCGCCAUCUAUACAGCUGCGAACAUCGGUCUCGCACUGCAGAAUAGCUUCGCGGCACUAUUAGUGCUCCGUUGUAUUCAGAGCGCUGGGAGUAGCGGUACUGUCGCCUUUGGAUAUGGAGUCAUCGCCGAUAUUGCGACUCCCGCUGAGCGUGGAAAGUACAUCGGGCCAAUGUCUGCAGGAGUGAUGGUUGCACCGGCGCUGGGUCCUGUCAUCGGUGGCUUGUUGGCCAGAUUCCUCGGCUGGCGCAGUGUCUUCUGGUUCCUCGUGAUCGUUAGCGGCGGAUAUCUCGUCGUCUAUAUGAUCGCUAUGCCAGAGACUGCACGGACAAUCGUGGGAGAUGGCAGGUUGCCACCAAAGGAGUGCUGGCGGAUGUCGUUGGUCCAGUAUUUGUCAACUCGACGACGUGAACGAAGUGAGACGAAUCAAGAGCAAUCUGAGCAACAGCAACGCUCGUCGAAGCUCAAAUUUCCGAAUCCACUCGCCGCCUUUGCCAUAUUGCUUGAAAAAGAUGCGGUGAUCAUCAUCUCAUUUGUUGGACUAGUCAUGUUCGGCAAUAUCGCCCUGCUAACGAGCACACCAAAUCUGUUCCCGCGGCUUUACGGCUUCAAUGAGCUUCAGGUUGGCCUGUGUUUCCUUCCCCUCGGCGUCAGCGCCUGCAUCGGUGCCGUCACAAAUGGCAAACUAAUCGACUACAACUAUAAACGCAUUGCCCGCAAGCUCCACUUCCCCGUCGACCGCAAGAAAGGCGACGACCUCCGCAACUAUCCCAUCGAGCGAGCCCGUCUACAAUGCGUCUUCCCCAUCAUGGCCCUCGGCUGCAUAGCUUACAUCCCAUACGGAUGGGCACUACAAUCACACACAAGCCUCGCAGUCCCCCUCAUCCUACAAUUCAUCAUCGGGUUCUGCUUCAUCGCCUCCCUGAAUACACUCAACACCCUCCUGGUCGACCUCUUCCCGGACCGCGCUGCCACCGCCGCUGCAGCGUGCAAUCUCGUGCGCUGUUGGUUGGGAGCUAUCGGUGCGGCGGUGAUUGAUCAAAUGCUGACAGGUAUGGGAUGGGGGUGGACAUUCUUUUUCUUGGGCUUUUGUAUGGCUGUUGCGAUGGGCUUGCUUUGGACCGAGUUGGUGUAUGGUAUGGGCUGGAGACAGACUCGAUUGGAUGCGAUUGAGCGGAAGAAGGCUGAGCGAGCGGCAGCACUGGCUGAUGCUGAGGCUCAGGUUGGCAUGAAGAAUGAUCCGGGUCAGGACGUGAAUGUCGAGGUCAAUGAGCGAGAUAAGUGA